GCAGCCCGUCAGUGGAUGUGACACGCUUACAAAUACAUAGAAAACAACCCAGCGAGCAGCAGGAAACCAUGAUCCGGCUCCAGCAGCGUGUUCAGUGAGCUCGUUUCAACCGGACAGCGGACUUUUGUCAUAUUUUACCCCCCUUUCCCGGAGUCCUCUGAGGCAGCAGCAGCACCACCAUGGUGGAGAAGUCGGACCGAGCCCCGCUGCUGGACUGGGAGGAAAUCCCACCGAGCGAUCCGAACCAGGCGGCACCGCCACCGCCUGCGCCGCCGCGGGAGGAGGACGCACCGGCGGUGAAAACUUCGCAGCCAACCGGGCGGCCGAAACCGACGGGCACCGCCGCUGGUACUGGGUGGAGCAGCGACAGUACCACCGCCACCAACACCACCGCCGCCACCAUCACCUGCACCCCGACGAGGAAUGUGACAGCUGUUGUUGCCAGCGGGAACGGAAGCCCGGGCCGUCCGCGAACAGAGCUCUCUGUUCACGGGUGGGAGCGCCCGGAGCCUCUCGGUACAGAUCGUAAUGUUCCCUUCCCCGGCGGCCUCUCGGUGAGGGAUCAGUGGGAGGAGAAGGACCAGAUCGUGGCUGUGUUUGUGGUUACCUUUGAUACAAGAUCAGGGAAUAUGGUAGAGUGGUGCCUGCCUCAUGACAUCAACCUAGACGGAGUUGAAUUCAAGUCGAUGGCCAGCGGUUCCCAUCGGGUCACCAAUGACUUCAUAUAUUUCCGUAAAGGAUGUUACUUUGGGCUCGCCUGUUUUGCCAACAUGCCUGUGGAGAGUGAGCUGGAGCGAGGAGCGAGGAUGAAGUCUGUGGGAAUUCUGUCUCCCUCCUACACUGUGCUUUACCGCUACAUGCACUUCCUUGAGAACCAAGUCAGACACCAGUUGCAGUGUCCGGGCCAGUACUCUCCACUGGAGGCCUUCUAUGAGGAUAAGAAGGCUGUCCUUCCCCCCGCAGGAAAUGGUCUGGUCACCGCUUGCCCGACCUGGAGUGUUACCACCAUCAACCGCUGUAUGCACCCAGAAAUGAAGAUCACCCACCCAGCUGGCUGCAUGUCCCAGUUCAUCCAGUUUUUCGGGGAGCACAUAAUGGUGCUGUGGAAGUUCGCACUGCUUAGGAAACGCAUCCUCAUCUUCUCCCCUCCACCUGUAGGUGUGGUCUGCUACAGGGUGUAUUGCUGUUGCUGCCUGGCCAACGUCUCUUUACCUGGAAUUGGUGUCUCUGUGCCCGAAUUACGGCCUUUCUUCUACAUCAACAUAGCUGACAUCACUGCCCUGGAAACAGAGAUGUCAUAUGUGGCCUGCACCACAGAGAAAAUUUUUGAGGAGAAGAAGGAGCUCUACGAUGUCUAUGUCGAUAACCAGAAUGUGAAAACACACAGAACCCAUUUGCAGCCGCUGCUGCGACUGAAUGCAGCAGAUAAGGAGAAGUACAGGAAACUGAGCGAACAGAGGCAAUUGCUGAUGUACUCUCAGGAGGUGGAUGGAGACUGCACGUCAAAUGAAGAGGAUCUUUUCAUUCUCUUCUUCAUGGAGCUGAAUAACCGCAUCUUCCAGACCCUGUCAGACGUAGCAGGGAGCGCCGAUCCCACCCUCACCGCUGAGCACGUGAGGGCCAUGGGGCUGGAUCCCCAGUGCGAUCGCUCCUUCCUGCUCGACCUGCUGGAGGUGUACGGCAUCGACGUCACACUGGUAAUAGACAACCUCUGCUGCCCCUGAGCCCCCCUCAGCCUGGGAAACUCAGAACGCCACUGGAUAUUUGUGCCUUCAAGGCCCACACACACCAAGACACCGAAGACACUGCCUCCACCCUGGGACUUUCAUCUGUCGCCUGCUGUCCCCCCCUGGGUGUCUCUUUUAACUCUGUGUGUGUGUAUCUCAUCUGACCUGUGGAGACUGUUUCCAAACAGCGCGGAUGAUGAGGACACUUAACGUUUGUGCACCGGUCCACAGUGGCUAAAAACACACCAGCCUAGCAGACAGUACGGCUUGGUAGUUGCGUGGUCUUAUAGCCAUUCACAUCUUAUCUCACUCAGUGCUGUUUUUUUGUCAGAAAUAUUUGCUUGUGUGCGCUUGUUCGACUUGGACUCCAGCUGAUGUGGCCAGGGACUGAAGCACUGGAUAAAAGUACGAAAGUCUAAAUCAGGUCUGGUCAUCACAGCGGGAUGAUUGGUCGUUCUCCACUGCACCCAUCACAAUGACGAUAACAUUGUCAGUCCUGCAGCUUUGGUGUCCACUUGUCUGAAGAAAAGAUCCAUAUUACGUGGGGGGACAUUUUACUGCUGGAAAUGAAUUUGUGUGCUUCAAAUAGAUUUUUUAUAGAAGAUCCUAGCUGUCAUAAUGUGCAACAAAUUCAUCCUGCUGUAAUAACACACUCAGAUGAUUCUGUGUAGUAAAUCAAAAGCUUUUGGACUACUUAAUUUGCCUUUCAAAAAGGAAGCAAUAGGAGUCUGUGUUAGUUGAAAGCAGCCUUCUUCACGUGUAUGCGUUUAUUUCUUUCACAACUGAAAGGAGGUAAAAGUGAAACAUGUUUAUUAAAAACCAACAAGUGUGAUAUCCUCUUUUUAUAACGGGGAUGAUUAAUUUUAGAGCUGACUCAGAAUGAGAAAAGAAAAGCUGUUGAAUACUUUGUUCACCUUUAUGCACCUUCAACAUGAAGCAGAUGUGAUAAUGUGUCUCUGUGUUUGAUCACAGUCAAAGUGCAAGUGACGGAGGUGUUUUUGUUGCUGUUUUACCUUCAACUGAGGUUCUUGAACUGUCAAUGAAUGUGACUCUGUACCACUAACUUAUCAUGAAUGCUGCACCAUGUCCACCACUGGACUUUUCCUGAUGCACACAGUGAUCAUGCUUUACUGUACCUUUUUUUUAUGCUAUGUUUAUGUCUUACAGUCUGAGCCAGUAAUUGGUUAUGGCGUGGAGGGGAUUUGUGUGUGUGUUGCACUGUAUACAGGCUCGAACCAGAGGCUGGUUCGUCAACGGAAGCCAGUGUAUGUUCUGUGAUCGUGUCGAGCGAAGAGUCCUUGAUGGAGCCGUUUGUAGUUUUCUUGUUGAUCAGCUUCAAAGAGAUCCUCUUCGCUUGUCUGCGUCCCUGACAAAGAUCUCUUUGUGUUUUUGGAAAUCUGGUGUUGGUCACAGUGAGGGCUGUGCUGCUGAGGGUUUCUCUCAGUCUUUUCAUCACAGUCCCAUUGAGUGAAUCCAGCUCCCGAGAUGAGCCAACUGUGUCUUUUGAAUUAUCCUGGCAGACUGGUUUAUUUAAUUCAUCACGCUGCCAAUCAGAGCGGUAAUUUGUUCCAUGUUGGAACACAUGAGGCUGAUGUUUGCCUCGUAUAAAUUUAGUAUAAUUGUUCUCAGCUUCUCACGCCCCUCCACCUGAUGCAAGCUAAAAUGCCAAGUCAUUUUUAUACAUUUCGUUAGUCUACAAAUUGUCAUUUUUAUUACAUUAUCACAUUCUUAAAACGAUCUUUCGGGGGCUGAUCCCCAGAUUGAGAACUGCUGAUGGUCUUUCCUUUGACAUGAUGCCCUAAAAUGUUUUCUGAGUGGGUUUAGAAAUUAAAAAGUGCAACUAGUAUUGAAAGAGAAACAUAAGCUUUGUUGUUUAAAUGGGGCCUUAAAGAAAUGUGAUUUUCUCAAAGUGACUCACUUAUUACUGUGUGUACGUCAACAGUGUUUGCUGAAAGAUUAAGUACAUUCUCCUAAGCACUUCUGAAUGGCCUUUACGUGCUCCCAUGAAACCCUGACUGGUGUAUUUCCUCGUCAGAAGAUGUUUAUACUCCUCGCCUCUGACGGUGUUUGCUUUACAGGUGUAUGUUAAAUGUAAAAAGGGAAUGUAUACACAACACACACCACUGUAUAAAAUGCCUUCUUUGUGGAGUCGUUCACAGACAUGUACCAGCAUUAGCUAAACCGAGUCGUUUGUACAGCGUGUCACUACUGAAUGUCAGACAGCAAAAGUAUUGCACACCUGCAGCAACACAUCCAGUUAGUGUAACUGUUUCCUCCUUGAUUGUAAUGUAAAUCAAGAGCAUUCACGGAAUAACACAUAAGCUUUCAGCUGUACUAAUGUGAAACACUGUAAAAGAUGUCAGUAAUGUACACACGAUAUCAAUAGCAUGAGCAACUGUUCAUUCAUUUCACUGUACUGCCAUUGUAAAACAAUAAAACCUUGAUACAG